CUCCCUGCGCGUCUCGGUGCGCCUGAGGUCGCUGUUCUGUUCUGAGCGUCACGGCUCCUUCCUUUCUUUCGAUUUUACAGAGAAAAUGGAGAAACACUACACGGACUCAAAAGUCAAAGGAGUCAGCACAGGGACCACCAUCCUGGCUGCAAUCUUUGAUGGAGGAGUUGUGAUUGGGUCAGAUUCCAGAGCGUCAAUAGGAGGGGAUUAUGUAUCUUCUAAAACCAUCAACAAGGUGAUUCAGGUUCAUGACCGGAUUUUCUGCUGCAUCGCUGGUUCACUAGCAGACGCUCAAGCCGUCACAAAGGCUGCAAAGUCCCACCUGUCCUUCCACAGUGUUCAGAUGGAAAGUCCUCCUCUUGUGGUCGCUGCAGCGUCUGUCCUGAAGGACCUGUGUUACAAAAACAAAGAGGAGCUGCAGGCCGGCUUCAUGACAGCCGGCUGGGACAGGAAGAAUGGACCUCAGGUUUAUGUUGUGGCUCUGGGUGGGAUGUUACUCAAUCAGCAGGUUACCAUCGGCGGCUCAGGAAGCACCUACAUCUACGGAUACGUUGACGCUAAAUACAAACCCAACAUGACCAGAGAGGAAUGUGUGCAGUUUGCCACCAAUGCUCUUGCUCUGGCGAUGGGGAGGGACAACGUCAGCGGAGGUGUUGUUCACCUGGUGGUGAUCACAGAAAAAGGGGUGGAGCAUGUUGUUGUACCUGGAGACAAACUGCCACAAUUCCAUGAUGAAUAAACAAUUUUUUAUGAUUUAGUUUUACAUACAUGUUUGAAUUUUUGGAAUGAUCUCUUAGAAUUACUCAUUUGUUCUGUUUAGAUAUUGGCUACAAGGAAAAACUUUCCAUUUCAUGUUAGGUGAGCAAGCUUAGUGUCAUUUAAGUAAAAAAUUGGGGAUCUUGUGUGAAAGACAGGUGUCUCUGUUGUUUAAUAAGUGACAGUUGAGUCUAUGAAGAAAAAAAUCAAUUCCAUUUGAAUACAUAUCUUUAUCCAAGAAAAUAAAGCAUUUUUUCCAAGA